AUGACCUUCACGGCUCCCCGACUAGCCAUCACCGUCGCCGUUAAUCAACCAGCCUUCUUAGUAAUACAAAACUACACUAAGACCCUUACACCUCACCGGGGAGUUACUUCUCAUCAGCAACUAGAUAACGAUGAACUUCUGCUUCGUCAAGCUUCUAAAGUCAAUCCAAAACCACCACCAAAACUGCCUAAGAAAGUAGCUUUCAUGUUCUUAACAACAACUUCUCUUCCAUUAGCACCACUUUGGGAACUUUUCUUCAACCAAACCUCUGACCACAACUCUCUCUACAAUGCCUACGUGCAUGUUGACCCCACAAAAAAACACAAACCGGAUUUCUUCAGUAACCGGAUCAUACCUUCCUCAAAACCGGCUUACCGUCACACCCCAACACUCAUCUCAGCCGCGCGUCGUUUACUUGCUCACGCGCUUCUCGACGACCCUUCAAACUACAUGUUCAUCCUUCUCUCCCCUUCUUGCAUCCCACUUCACUCUUUCAACUUCACCUACAAGUCACUUACCUCCUCCACAAAGAGCUUCAUAGAGAUUCUCAUCAACGAGCCAGGGUGGCACGAUAGGUGGGCUGCGCGUGGCCCUUACGAUAUGCUCCCGGAGGUUCCACCUGAGGAGUUUCGAAUAGGCUCACAGUUCUGGACACUGACAAGAAGCCAUGCGAGGAUGGUCGUGAGUGACGUGGAGAUAUGGUCCAAGUUCAACAAGCCUUGUGUAAGAAAAGAGACUUGUUACCCUGAGGAGCAUUACUUCCCUACUCUCCUCCACAUGAGGGAUCCACAAGGGUGUGUUCCAGCUACGCUCACGCAUGUUGAUUGGAGUGUUAGCGACCAUGGUCAUCCCCGAACGUAUAAACCAUCUGAGGUAGGGGCUGAACUUAUACAAAAGCUGAGAAGUGCACGUCUUAGGUAUGGAGACGGCGGCAGAACGAGGAAGGACUCAUUUUUGUUUGCACGGAAGUUCUCUCCGGCGGGGAUCAAUCCGCUCAUGAACAUAGCUCGAAAUGUUAUCUUAAAUUGA